AUGAAAUUCUUUAAACCUUGUCUUGUAUGCAAUUCUCCAGGAAACGGACUUCAUUUUGGAAUAGAAGCAUGCAGAGGAUGCACUUCAUUUUUCCGAAGAACUGUGGUCCAAGACAAAACCUAUGAUUGCAAUGGGGAUGAGUCUUGUGAAAUUGGAAAUAUUCAUAUAGCAAUGUCCCAAAAAUGCAGAAAGUGUCGGUUUUCAAAGUGUCUAGAAGCUGGAAUGAGAAGUGAAGCUGUUCAAAAGCAUCGUGAUUCCUAUGGAAGCAGAAAGGAUCUUAUUGUGGCCCCAUCAUCUAGUAACCGACUCAAGUUUCCAGUACCUUAUAUGCUUCUAGAACCUGUUAGGAACAACUACACACAUUUAGAAUGUGUCAGACAAGUAGUGCAUCUUGAGGAAGGAGAAAGUGUGUUUUUGAAAAAAACUCCAAAACGACACACAUUCAAAGACACCAAUAAACUGAUGCAUAAGGAGUUUGAAAUCGUCACCGACUGGAUUUUAAACUCGUUUCAACAACUGGCGGAUUUCCCCUCUGAUCAAAAGGACAUACUGCUCCGACACUUUUACAUGCAAUUUUUUAUACUGGAAGGUGGAUUUAUUGCAUGUAAAAAGGGUCGAAAUGAUGUCUGGUUUCUUCCAAAUGGAGAUUAUAUCGAUUGCCAGAAUCUUGCCACUUUUUAUACAGAUCCAAAUAAUCCACAACCGAUUGCUUCUGAGAAUUCUGCAAUGAUGUUCAAAGGAUCUUGUACGGGGUGUAGAAGAAUGGUAACUUGUCCGAUGUUGAGGGAACAAAUCGAUCAAUUCGAGUUUCUCGCAUUAGCAGCGUUGUUGCUAUUUGAAACAGGUCUUGAUGGACAAUCAAAAGAAUGCGCUGACAUAUGUAGAAAAGUUAGAAGCUCAGUACAACGAGAGCUACUACAGUACUACGAUUCCACAAGGGAAUCAAAUGAGUACCCGCUUCGAAUGGGUAGCUUACUAUCGAUUCUUCCAAGCUUACAAAGAGCUACGUACAAAAUGCUAGAUGAUAUGGAGCUGAUUCACUUGUUAAACAACUCUCCGGAAGGCGAUUCUUUCUAUAAACUUUUUUCGGAUCAACGUUGUCAUUUAUAA